AUGGAGGCGGAGGGGCGCGGGGAGGCCGGGGGCUGCGCGGGGGCGCCGGGCGCGCGCGUCUACACCCGGGAGGAGGUGGCGAGGCGCAACUCGGGCCGCGAGGCCUGGCUCGUCAUCCACGGGCGCGUCUACGAUGUCACCCGCUUCCUGGCGGAGCAUCCAGGUGGAGAAGAGGUUUUGCUCGAACAGGCUGGCAGAGAUGCCACGGAGAGCUUUGAAGAUGUGGGGCACUCCGUGGAUGCCAGGGAAAUGCUCAAGGACUACUACAUAGGGGAGAUCCACCCGCAUGACCGUAAGAAUGAAGGUUCUAAGGACCCAAAUGUGACGUCCUCAGGCCAAACAAGUUUCUGGUCAACGUGGCUAAUCCCCAUCUUCGGAGCGCUGGUGCUAGGUUUAAUGUAUCGCUAUUACAUGUUGGAUGGGAAGUCCUCUUGAACUGCCCUUGCUGGAACAUUGGAAAGCCUGAGAGAGGGUGUGAGAGAGAGUGUGUGCACGCACGGUGUGGAUGUCCGGCUUCCCGAACCCUUUGUGCUCCGCUUCGAGCCCCGAGUCUGUAAAGUGAUGGCGAUAUCCAAGGGACCAAGCUUAUACCAAACUGCAGCUAUCCGAACUCGGGGACAAACAGCCCUUGUCUUACCUUGCCUUCCCUCCGUGGCAGGGCAAGUGCAGUGUCCCGUUGCUCCGUGUGUAUGUGUGUGCUCCCGCUGGUGUGCGUGCCUGCGCGCACUCUCUCUCUGUAGUAAAACACAGAUAACCUUUCUCUUUCAAUGCCUUUUUGUUAAGCCAGACAGACAACGUGAAACAGCUGCUGCUGAGCCUGUGGAUUGCCUCAAUCUUUCACGUAGCGUUGUCAGAAAUAAACUGCAACUUGUCUACGGCCCUUUCCAGAAACGAUGCCCAGAGAUUCAGUACCAGGUAGCUCCCCCAGCGCAUGCAGGCAGCACUAACUGCAGCCGUGGGAAAUUGUUAGC